AUGCUGGCUUGUGCAAGAAUAGGAGCCAUCUAUAGCCUGAUUUUUGGUGGAUUUGCAUCUAAAGAGCUCACUGUUCGCAUUGGUCAUAAAAAGACCAAAUUUAUUGUAACAGCAAGUUUUGGAGUUGAACCAAAAAGGAAAGUGGAAUACAUAUAACUCCUAGAAGUUGCACUUGCAAGAGUACAGAACAAACCUGAAACAGUUCUUAUUUACAGGCGACCUAACUUGGGACAUGUUCCUCUUGCCCCAGGUAGUGAUCUUGACUGGGAAGAAGAGCUUUCAAAAGCACAAUGUUAUAAGUGUGUCUCUGUUCCUUCAGACCAGCUGCUUUAUAUUCUGUAUAUUUCUGGAACAACAGGCUUGCCCAAGGGUGUUAUCAGACCAACAGGUGGCUAUACAGUAACACUGAACUGGACAAUGUCAGCUGUUUAUAGACUCAAGCCUGGUGAGGUGUGGUGGGCAGCUUCUGAUUUAGGCUGGGUAGUUGGCCAUUCCUACAUUUGCUAUGGGCCUCUCCUUCAUAAGAAUCCUACAGUUUUGUAUGAGGGGAAGCCUGUGGGAAUGCCAGAUGCUGGUGCCUAUUUCCACAUGCUAGCAGAGCAUGAAGUAGCUGCCCUCUUUACUUCACCAACUGCAAUUAGAGCAAUCCGUCAACAGGACCCUAAGGCAGCCCUGGGAAAGCAGUAUGCUCUGAAAAGAAUUUUAGAAGUAAGCAGACAAGAAGUCAGCAGAGUUGCCACCCUGGGUUUUAAAAGAGUGGGCUUUAAGCUUCUUGGGGAGCUAGUUGGCCGUGUUCCCUGGGAGUCUACUCUAGAGAAUUCUGGGAGGUCCAUGAAAGCUGAGUCUGGUUCUGCAAUUACCGCUUCCUGCAUUGGUUUGGGAAACACUACAACGCCUCCACCUGGACAAGCAGGAAAACCAGUGCCAGGAUACAAGGUGAUGAUUCUGGAUGAAAAUAAGGAACCAGUGAAGAUGAAUACUUUAGGAAAUAUUGUGGUAAAGUUGCCUUUGCCUCCUGGAGCGUUCUCAGGACUUUGGGAAAAUCAGGAAACAUUCCAGAAGUUGUAUUUCCAAAAAUUUCCUGGAUAUUUUGAUACUAUGGAUGCAGGUUUUAUGGAUGAAGAUGGCUAUUUAUAUGUGAUCAGUAUUGCGGGACACAGAAUUUCAGCAGGCACAAUUGAGGAGUGUGUUCUCUUCCAUCAUGCUGUGGCAGACUGUGCUGUUGUAGGCCAGGAGGAUGCAUUAAAAGGACACGUUCCCUUUGCCCUGUGCAUACUCAGAGAAGAUAUAAAGACAGAAGAGGGGAAGAUUUUGGAAGAGAUUAUUGAGAGCAUUCAAAAUAACAUUUGCCCAGUGGCAGCUUUUCAGAAGGGGGUAUUUGUGAAACAGCUACCAAAAACACACUCUGGCAAGAUCCCACCUUCAGCUCUUUCUGCAAUUGUCAGUGGAAAGCCGUAUAAGAUAACACCAACCGUUGAAGAUGCUAGCGUGUUUAAACACAUAGAAGAAAUGCUGAAGAAAGAAUCAAUGGAUAAUAGGUUAAUAAAAGUGUCAGUUACUGAAAUAUACAGAGACUUUCUAUUAGGAAAUACAUAUUUUAAAAACUAGUCAUGACUGGGGAUUUUUUUUUCUUUACUACAUAAAUGGGACUGUGUUCUUUACUGUAUUGCCAUAGCCAAUGAAGCAUAUUGAAGACU